UUUGCGUAAAUAACUGUAAGAAAUGGAUAUUCUUUAAUAUAUAGAUGGAUUUUUUAUAGUUAAGAUUCAAGCCUUAAGAGAUAGAUUUAUAAUUACCAUUUUGUAUAGAACAGCAGCUUCCGGUUUGAUCUGUUAAGCACUAAACAACUGCUAAAGGACAUAGGUCACGAUACACCUGUACACUGAAAGAUGGCAGGGAUAGAUUAUUGCACUGUUUUACCAUCCUGGGACUUUGACAAAGAUCCAGCGACAAUUGUAGAGUACUACUUCGGACAAGAGUUCAGCUCACAAACAGAUGAUAAUGAUGAUGAUAGAAGUGGACAACAGCCCUGUCAAGAUAUCAACCCGAGAACCUUCCUCCAGCUGACCAGCGUGGAGGGGGAGGAGGUCUGUACCGUGACCUUGACCUGUAAACCUCAGUACCACAUCAGCAUCUGUGGGCUCCAUGUGUUCAGUCAGGCGAGACUGAUGGAGAUCUACGACGCCAGUGAGGGGUACCUGAAGACCGUGAGGGGGCAGAGAGUGAGGAUGAUGGGGGACGAUGAAGGGGGGGAGGAUUCAGAGGUGGUGUACAAGUGUAGGACGUCACUGGACACGUGUUAUGGACUAACCAUCAAGGUGAUAUUAUUACAAAGUUGUUUUUUGUUAUUGUUUACAUCAGCUGAUGUGGAUACUCAAAAUUUCUAAAGAACUUUUGGACAAUUUGAAAUCACAAGAUUUUACCAAAAUCAAAAGCUUAAAAACUUAUGACUUUUCAACUUUUUACACAACCAUUCCCCGCGAUAAAUUAAAGUCCAGGCUUUUUGAUGUCAUUGACAGCUGCUUUUUUAAUAAAAAUGGAACUCGUAAAUUUACUUAUCUGGUCUUUGG